AUGAGUGACGAAGCGGAAAAAGUCAAGAAAAGGUGUGAGAUUGCACUCGCCGUGGCGACGAUCGCUUCCAUGGAUGUAGAGCUCGAAGCAGCCAGGGCAAAAGUGCGCACCAUCAAGCGUCAUCUCGUUAUUAACAGCCUCAUGCUGAAUGCUGCUGUGUUGUCCGGGAGACGUGCGACAAGGUACAGUGUGAUCCUGCUGGCUCUGGUGGACCACAAAUACCGGUUCGGCUACACUAACGUUGGCUCCCCAGGCAGGUGCCACGACGCACACGUGUUUCUCAACUCCAUCUUGGCAAGAGCGAUUCAGGAACCAGCACUUCAGAGCCCAACCAUUUGUGUUGGCACUUCUCUUGUGCCCCCAUUAAUUUUGUGUGAUCAAGCUUUCCCUCUUACACCCAACCUCAUGAAACCGUUCCCCGGCUCGAACCACACACCAGAAGAGAGCAACUUCAACUAUGAACUCUCCAAAACACGAAGAAUUGUGGAGAACGCUUUUGGAAGGCUCAAGGCACGCUUCAGAUUUGUGAUGAAGCGAAUGGAGUGCGACAUCAGCAAUGUGCCUAUUGUCAUAAGAGCAUGUUGUGUGCUAAAUAACAUAUGCGAACAUUUCAAUGAUUCCGUAUCUCAGCAGUGGCUGAAUGAAGCGGAGUUGCAGAAUACAGUAUAUCACCAACCACUUCACACAACAGGCAUGCAAGUUGGAUGUGGAAGAGAUGUCCAAGAUGCACUUGUGCAUUAUUUUCAGCUGCAUGGAGACCACUGUAGUCGGGCACUUUCCUGGGUCAGUGACCUGUCGUUGGAUAGCAAGCACCCCAAAAAACGGUGCAGCUCCCUAAAGAAGGGCCAUGUUGUUGCUGCCGAGCCCGUGCCAUGCUCACGCAGUUCCUUCCUGCAAUAA